AUGGAAAAAUCCCCCUCCAAUUAUACACACCUCAUUGCCGGGUUCACAGGCGGUCUCACAUCGGCCGUGUGUUUGCAGCCGCUGGACCUGCUAAAGACGCGGAUCCAGCAGGACAAAACGUCCUUCAAAAAGGUCCUUGUCCAGAUCCGCUCGCCGCUAGAGCUCUGGCGCGGGACGCUGCCCAGCGCGUUGCGAACCUCCAUCGGCUCCGCCCUGUAUCUCACCUCCCUUAAUGCUGUGCGAACUAGCCUCGUCAAAUUGCAGCCCCAAACAGAUACCCUGCCCUCGUCGUCGAAAUUGCCCAAACUCUCGUCCUCGCUCGACUUGGCCGCCGGCGCAGUCACCCGCGGCCUUGUCGGCCUGCUCACAAUGCCGAUCACCAUCCUGAAAGUACGCUUCGAGUCUAGUCUGUACCAAUACGCUUCUCUAUCCGACGCCAUGAAACAGAUCCUGCAAAACGAGGGCCUGGCAGGCUUUUUCCGCGGCUACGGUGCAACGUGUCUGCGUGACUGCCCCUAUGCUGGGCUGUACGUGCUCUUCUACCAGAAAUGCAAGAGCUGGGCCCCGCUGUUGGUAUCCGACACAGACGCCUCUCGCACACACCUCUACACCACCUCGAUGUCGACAGCCAUCAACUCCUGCUCUGCUCUCGUGGCUGCGUGCAUGGCCACCGCGCUCACAUCGCCAUUCGACACCAUCAAGACCAACAUGCAGCUGAAUCCGCACACGUGCCCGACGUUCUGGCAAACAUGCCGCGUUUUGGUAGCCAGCCAUUGGACGCAUCUGUUCGACGGCAUCUCGCUCCGGAUCAGCAGGAAGGCCUUCAGUGCGGCAAUUGCGUGGGCCAUCUACGAGGAGAUCAUCAAGUUCGGGCCCGACCGCUAAUCUGUAUAUAUUCUAGACCACCACUCUAUCCUUCCGUAACACCACUGUCACGUCUACCGGAGCAAUACCGGGAGUGCCUAUGAUUCCAAGAGCUGCAAUGCCCAGAAACGAGUGCAGCGGGUCUGGCAGCUCGUCCGGCGCGUUCGUUUUGCAGAACCCGCCCAUUGUUGGCGACAGCGUCUGCUCCAGCAGGAACCGUUUAACGGCCUCGCCGUCCACCAGCUCGGUUUUGUCCAGCAGUUCCAGCGACGCGAGACACCAGAACGCAUAGCAUGUGUCGCCGUACUUGUUCACACGGCCGUUGAACGCGCCGUUGUCGUCCUCGUCCGCAUACUCGUUUUCCAGCUCGCCCUUAUUGAACUCGCCGUAGUGGAUUUGCCGAUGCACCAGGAAAUCCAGCGUCGGCUGCCACUCGCACACAUCCAGUUUGCCCGCCAGCUUGAGCGCAGCCAGCCCGCAGUACGUCAGUCCCGCGUGUGACUCGCCGCCUGCGCUCAUAGACAGUCCCCCGUCAAAGGCGAGCGUCGACCGCACAUACUGUAGAAGUCGGCUGCUGUCCACCGCCGAGCCGUUUAGCAGCCGGCUGAUCGUCAUCGCAAGCAUGCAGUAGCGCAGGUCCUCCUCGCCAAACCCCACCACCGGGCUGAACGAGCCGUUGGGCCGCUGGCACCGUUCCACAAACCGGCGAACCUUGUUUUUAUCGACCUGAGAAAGAUCGUCGCCCAGCGUCACCAGAAUUUGCAAUGCAAACCCAGUGGCCGCAAGAUUCGGCACAUCGUACGGCCCGGUGUCCCUGUAUAUGUCAGACCCGCGGAACCCACCGUAGUCGUCGAUCGCGACCCAGUGUUUGUACACCCACUCGAUCGUCGCGGCCUUCCCGGACAGCUGGUCAAGCGCACCGAGCAGGUCCAGUCCACACACACAGAAAUAGAUCAGCGCGAG